GCUUCACAAGACGGAGGUGGUGUGAACCCUUUUAUACCUCAGUGACUUUCCUAUUAUGUUCGAUGUAGGAUUCAUGAUUCAUCCUUAGGUUUGUGACAUAUGCAACUUGUGGCCUAAACCCUCCUCAUACCCUCGGGCCACAGAGAUCCAAGUAGUCCUGGAAGGCACACUCUAUGUUGGCUUUGUUACAUCCCACAUAAUAGUCUCAUCACUACAAGUCCUAUACCCUAGAGAUGUUUACAUUUUUCCAAUUGAUCUAAUUCACUUCCAGUUCAAUAUAUAGGGAAACUAAUGCAGUUGCCUUGCGGUCUCAGCAGCCAGAAUCCCGGUGCGAUUACCAUUGCAAAUGCAGUGUUGGGAUAACUACCAAUUAAACCUGAUGUUCUUGCCAAGACUUUCCAGUUAGACUAAGAAUGUGCUUUACCUAUCUUCGGUCACGUUUCUAGUGGAAUAACAAUUAGAGCAUUAAUUGUUUUCAACAGACUUGAGAUAUUGAAGUAGUGGCUUAUUUCUGAUGAUGACAGGUUUUCUCAUUGUAGAAAAUUAGUUCUUGCUGAGUUCCUAAAUGUGUGAAUAUUUGGAUGAAUACGCAUAAAAAUUAGUUGCCCAGAUCACAAGAAACAUAAAAAAUUUCCAAAAAAAAAGGCUGUUCUGAUUCUUCUAAGAUGGAUAAAUUAAGAAAAUAAGAAAGCAGCAACAUACACUGGGCACAAAGAUUUACAAAGCCAAAGCUCGUUUUUCUCCUCGGAAGAAAGUGUUUCCCUUUUUAGUGUACAGAGAAUCCUUGGAUGGCUAGAAAGAUAUUUAUGCAAAGACAAGAUCACCAUUGUUUAAAAUGAGUGAAAAUCAAUGAUCCAAAUACGCAUUGCAGAAUAGAUGGAGAGAAGCUGAUGUAAGAGAUUUCAACAUGUUACAAUUUCAAGGUUAAAAUUUGGUCUUGAAGGUAGUGGAACUCAAAGUUUUGAUAUUUAUUUAAUACUUAAAUUGUACAAGAAUUUGCUUCAAGGAUAUAGGUUUCUACGUUCACUUGUUUCUUGAAUAACAAACAUGGCCUAAGAGGGAGAUUUGAGGAAAACAAGAAAAUGCUGAAACUCAUGAAUGAAUCGUAGAGAAAACCACUGAUGAAAUCAUCAGAGCUAAUACACAUCUCUAUUCCCCAUAUUCCUUCAUUGCACACAAUCGAGUUUCAUCAGAGCAUUUUUCCUUUUAUUCCACAUUCCGCCGCGAAGACGAGACAGGAGAGUGAGCUAAAAUCUGAUACGUGGGCCAUUAGUCCACACGAUAUUAAAUUUUUUUUUAGGGUGAGAGCCCAUUUACAAGAGCUUGCCAUUGGGGCUCUCAAGUGUCACCCAAACGUUGCACUACAGUUAAGGCCUGGACACCCCACCCAAUAAAAGUUUAAAGGGUUGGGCUAAGGCCUAAAACCCACUCUCUAUCAUCCCUGAGGCAAAGCCCCAGGUUUGCAGCAUUAAAUUUCCUGAAAUGCCCAUAUAGUCUGGGCUGGUCAUGGGUUGGGAGGAUCCAUGCAAUAGACCCUGAAGGAUGUCUGAAGCCCAAGGUAGCCUAUGCCAUCUGUCAUUUUGUGAGGAGAUAAACAUCAACAUUCCAAAAGUAAAUUAGAGGUUGCUGGGUUAUCUUCACAGAAAGUGAAAUGCAACCAACCAAAACCAAUUGCCUAAUACUCAUUGCAAGAAAAGCAAAUAAAAACUCCAUAUUUAAAUAGAAACCGUUUUGACAUGAACUGUACUAUGCAAUUGAAGCAUACAAAAUGAUUGGUAAAAGAACUAUUUAACCUAAAAAUGUCCUCCAACACAAGACAAGUUUAGAGAAGAAAAAAAGAGAGGACACCAUUCUUUUUGUCCACCCUUUUUUACCUCUAAACUCAUUUCAUGAUCUUUUCCAUAUCAUAAUCCACAAUCAAUUCCCUCUCCUCUGUCUGAAAGUAGGUUCUACAGAAAGAUGGGGGAUAGGAUGGUAGGUACAUAUUGGUGUUACAUAUGCUCUCAAAUGGUGAAUCCAACAAUAGAGCCUGAGAUCAAAUGCCCUUUUUGUGAGUCCGGAUUUGUGGAAGAAAUGACCAGCAUACGACAUUACUCCAACACCAAUGGCAGUGAUUCAGGAUCAGUGAACACUCUUUCCCUUUGGGCUCCAAUCUUGCUUGGUUUGAUUGGUGGUUUAGGUUCUUCGCGGUUGCGUAUCACAGGCAGGGAGCAAAUCAAUGAUAGCAACCCACAGGAUGCAAUGGAUGAUGAACUAGGAAGAGAAUUUGAAUCCUUGCUUAGGAGGAGGAGAAGAAGCUCAGCUUCAGCUCUUCGGAUGCUUCAGGAUAUGCGUACUGGAGCAGCUUCUGAAUCAGAGACUUCCGAAAAUGGUAGAGAUAGGAGUGGUAGAAUGAUCUUAUUUGAUCCAUUCAAUGAUGAAGCCUUAAUUGUUCAUGGUUCAUUAGGUUUUAACCAGGGACAAAACUCAAGUCAUAGGGCAGCCAGUACCAGCAGCUCUUUUGGUGAUUACCUGAUGGGACCUGGUUGGGAUCUUUUGUUACAGUAUUUGGCAGAGAAUGAUCCUAACCGCUAUGGAACCCCACCAGCACAGAAAGAAGUAGUUGAAGCAAUGCCAACUGUUACUGUAGAGGACAAUGUGCAGUGUUCUGUAUGCUUGGAGGAUAUUGAGAGUGGAAGUGAAGCAAAGGAGAUGCCAUGUAAACAUAAAUUCCAUGGUGGGUGUAUUACUCCAUGGUUAGAACUGCAUAGCUCUUGCCCAGUAUGCAGGUACCAGCUGCCUUCGGACGAUUCCAAGAUUGAGGCAAAUGUCACCAGAAAUAAUGAAGGGAGAGUUGGCACUAAUGAUGCCCAAAGUGGUAGCAGGGUAGGAGCUGGAAGAAGGUAUUGGAUCCCUAUUCCAUGGCCUUAUGAUGGUUUACUCACCUUACCAGGUUCCCAAAGUGAUUCUACUUCAGCUCCCUCAUCGGAGGCUAUGCCAGGAAGUGCAAGUGCAGCUCAGACAGAUGAUAAUUGACAACAUUUACCCUUCAGAUUACUCUGUUAAGUAUUCCUGGCCUAGCCAGAAUUUUCUGCAGCAUGUUUUGCUGCAUUUAUCAUUCAGGUGGUCUCUUUGCUGCUGUUGUAACUUUGUUUUAUUCCAAAAAUGAAAAAA